CAGUGCAUUUUUUUUUUCAUAUUGUCUAUGGAAAUCUUAAUUUCCUUCCGGAAAUUCAGCCAGUUUGAUCGUUCACAAAAGUCAGUUCGUUCAUUCGUAUAGGUCAUUGGCUCAAAUCGUCGCCAUCUUUUCUCCUAAUUUUUGUCGGCAUUGAGAAUCAAGUGAAGAUGGGUACCGUAGAGCGUUCUGGUGACGACCACACUUCCGAGGUGGAGUCCGGAGAAGAGGAAGAGAUGGUUGGCGGCGGUGAAUUGGCCCAACACCUGAUGAAGAGUGGCAUAACCCGCAACGAGAUGUUGGCGGCGAUCACGAACCGCAUCCACGCGGAGGCCAUGGCGUCGCUGCCGCCGAACGUUCGCCGGCGAAUCCGCGCGCUCCGCACACUGCAGAAGGAGUUCGUCGACAUCGAGGCCAAGUUCUACAGCGAAGUGCAUGCGCUUGAGUGCAAGUACGAGAAGCUGUACAAGCCACUGUUUGAAAAGCGCGCCCAAAUCGUAGCCGGUGGUUACGAGCCCACAGACGACGAGUGCCUGAACCCCUGGCGGGACGAGAAUGAAGAAGAGGAACUAGCGCGCGCGGUCCAGAGUACCGCCAUCACUGACGGCUCCGAGAAGAAGGAAGGCGAGGAGAAGCCAGCCGAGCCUACAAUGGACCCGAAUGUGAAGGGAGUUCCAGACUUCUGGUACACCAUAUUCAGGAAUGUGUCGAUGCUGUGUGAGAUGAUGCAGGAACAUGACGAGCCCAUCCUCAAGUGCUUGCAGGAUAUUAAAGUGCAAAUGCAUGACGACCCGAUCGGAUUCACGCUGGAAUUCCACUUCGCGCCAAACGAAUACUUCACAAACACAAUCCUCACCAAGGAGUACUCAAUGAAAUGCAAGCCAGAUGAGGAGAACCCUUUGGACUUUGAGGGACCCGAAAUAUAUUCUUGCAAGGGCUGCGAAAUCAACUGGAAGAAGGGGAAAAAUGUGACAGUGAAAACAAUAAAGAAGAAACAGAAGCACAAGUCGCGAGGCUCUGUCCGCACCGUCACGAAGUCAGUCCAGGCGGAUUCCUUCUUCAAUUUCUUCACGCCGCCCACCAUGCCUGAUGACCCCAACUCUACCUUGGCUUCGGACGUUCAGGCGCUGCUGACGGCGGACUUCGAGAUCGGGCACUACAUCCGCGAGCGAGUGGUGUCGCGCGCCGUGCUGCUGUACACCGGCGAGGGGCUCGACGACGACGACGACGACGACUUCGAGGAGGAGGAGGAUUCGUACUCCGACGAAGACUCCGGCACAGAGGAGGUUUCGGACGCGGACGAUUGAUGCCCACUCGCUCCACUGAUCUAGCGUUUUUACUCUGUAAAGUUGUCUCGUACGCUCGCGGUUCGCCGUGCAUAGCCUCCUAACGGGCGUUCCUAUCUGUGUCACAUUUGGAUAUCGCUAUCCAUCAAGUAUAUUAAAUAACAUCGACAAGGCCUCUUUCGAGUUAUUUAAUAUGCUUAAGACAUAAUGGGAACCGAGCCCUUUAUAUUUGACGCGUAAUUUUUUAUCGAAAUUUAACCAAAUAUUUUUUGAUUUUUCUAUACGAUAUAUAAGAAAUACUCCUGCGACACAUCGGAUUUUUUAAAUUAGUACAUGUGCUAGCAUUUUUGUUUUUAUAACGCGCUUUUUCAAAGACGAAGAAUUUCAAGUGAAUGUUGGAAAAUAAUUGCAAAUGAGAUUUAUCUAUUAGUAAAAUUAUAUGGCUAAUGAAAUAUUUUGUCAAAACAUGACAAUUAUCAUGUUUGUGACAUCUCAUUCUUCGUCUUUAAAAAAUAGUUUAAACAAUUCUAUGCAUGGUUUAUCUCCGGUUCAGAUAAAUAUGUUUUAGAAAGCCAAUUGUGCUGAAGCGAGCCCAACUUAGAUUUAGAGCGAGAAGCGUAUAAGGUGCCUUCUUAAUGAUUAAUGUAUAAAUAAUGCAUGUCACUUGUUAUGUCUGUUACGUUACCUAUACUGCAUUUCUAGUUAUACAAUUUCACGUUUUUAUUUAUUAUACAGUAAUUAUAGUAUUUUUGUUUACGAAUUUUACUUGUUCGUUUGUGUACUUUGAAAUUCCAUGUGAUAUUAUUAUUCUCUAAGGCUAUUGAUGUAUGUGUCCAAAUUAAUGUGUUGUCAUUCCACUGAGCUCUUAGCAGCCAACGUUAUAGACGCCGGCCAUCUCGUUAGUGAAUCUCUUGUUAUAGUGCCAAACCGCAUUUUAUAUUCAUCACUACAUCGCAACUGUGAUCUUAUUCGGAAUGUAUUAAGUAAUAACUUGACAAUAGCUAUGUCGGAGUAUAGAUGUAUAUUUUUUAUUUAUAUAACUUUCUAUUGAAGUUAGCAUAAUACGGUCAAUGUUUGCAGCUCUCGUCAUACUACUGGUUAUGGCUUACGUUUUGGCAUGUUGUCACUACGAUGACAUUAAAUUGUAUUGCUUUAUAUACGAGUCUUUUAUUUUUGUAUCCCGGUUUGCAUGAUUAGUUGUGCGAGUUUGCGGAAUGCAGAUGGUUGCAGAAUUCACGUUAUUAUCGAUAAGGUAAUAUUUUUGUGUCGUUUAAUUAAUGCCAAUUGUUAUAGCUGCUAAAACCCUCGAGGUCUAAAAAACCUGUUUUGCUUUACGUCGAAAUUUACCAAUACGCCGUUUAGAUUUCGAGGACAUUGACGCAAUAAAUGAAAAUCUAUUGCUUCAAAAGUAGCACGUGUUUAAUAUAUAUGUGUUAAAUUUAGCAUUGGUUAAUUUAACAGGAGGAGGAAGAAUGUUCGAGCGAAGAAAGCGAAGAUGAUGAACCUGCGCCGCGGAGACGCGGGAACAAACGCGCAGUGAAGGGCAGUGGCCAGGACAACCCCGCCGAAUGCAAACACCAGUAGCGCCCUCUAGCGCACGAACGGUCCAAACGCACUUCUUAGCUGUAAAGAUUCGCGUGGUGCUGUAACGAUAUGUAAUUUAUUUUAUACGAGUUUUUUUAACACCAGUCUCUCAACAGCUUUGGAUCAUGAAAUAUAGCAGUGACCAAAAUUUAUAAAUUUACUUGUGGACAAUCGAGAUUGUUUUAAUUCUAUUUCAGUGAUUGUAGUAUUGUGAAAAGGCUGGUGAGUAAAAAGUAAAAAGUUCUGUAUAUUAUAAUAACCGCCGCCGUUGUCUGGUUGAGGUAUUUUGAAACUCUGAUGCAGAGCUCUUUAAUUUUAUAGUAACGUUUCAAUUAUAGUCGACGCGAUUCUGUGAUUGUUGCAGCCAUAGUUGCGCAAGUUGCCUUGUGUAAAAUAGGUAGUGGAUGCUCUUUUGUUAAGUGAAAUAUUUCGUUGAAGUUUCGACUGAAAAGCCUCGCAGUAGCUUCUGAAUAUUUCCACAUUCCUUGAUGUAACUUGUAUGGAAUGUAUUGUUAAGUUUCCGCCUCAUGUCGUUUAUUUUCCCAAUUUUACUUGCAAAGUAAUGGCGUCGAGGCAUGUUAGUUGCUAGGUUCCAAGGAAUAGUUAGUACCAUUAACGGUCUAUAAGACGGUAUUGUUUUUAAUGUUUACGUCCGAUGUUAUAUGUCCCCAAUCCAAUAUAAUGCUAAAUAGAUAGUUAACAAUUUACUAUUCGGUAUUAAAAUAUCAAUUUAGUAGAAUAAAAAAUUCCGUGGAAUGUGUAUGGUUAUUUGGUGUGCAGGUUUCAAUGUGAUUUCAACGCUUAUUUUUAUAUCCAAAGUGACAUCAGAUCCAUAAGGUUGUCUUCGAGCGGCAGAGCCCAUUGUUGUGUAAGAACAUUGGUGUCGCGUAAAGCUGCAAUGCGUAUACCAGCUUUAGAAUAUUUGUACACAUCUUUUUAAAUAAAUUUAAUAAUUCAA